GGAAUCUAUGAAGCUUUGUGUAAAAAUACUCAAAUAAUGGGAUCAGUUUUGGAAAUUCUUCUGAGUCAGCUAAAGAAGUACUAUGAGCCUACAGAAGAUGUGAACCCCCCUGUUAAACUGGAUCUCUGCAUCACAGCUCAAGGAGAUCAGAUAUAUCUAGCUGAACCGCUGGCUCACUUGAUCUGUUGUAUCCAGCUCUGCCUGAUUAAGGUCAGUGACAUUCGUCGUCAGAUGAGCGGUGACCAUGACGACACGGUAAUGGAGGACUCGAACCACACACAACAGGAACUGGAGGACAAGAUGGAGUCCCUCGUCACCCGAAUGAUUAAGUCUGAGAUGGAGGACUUUGAACUGGACAAAUCUGCCGACUACUCUCUAGCUAACAGUGUUGGGGUCAAAAAUAACAUAUUCUCCAUACUAGUUCUGGGGAUUUAUGAGUCUUUGAUGGAGUACACAUUCAACACUGGGCAAUACAGUGAGUCAAGCUUGCAGCAGAUUUUACAUUUGUUUGAGAAUUAUAAGAAAUUGAGUGAAGUUUUGAAAGAAAAAGCUGCUGCUGGUGCUGGAAAGAAGGGAAAACCUCCCACAGGAAAUAAGACCCCCCUCAGCCUCCUGUCUAUCAGGGGGACCACAGAGAUCCUGAGGGCUCUCAUUAGUGAAACUGCACCAAGUUUGACAGAAAAUCUGAAGAUCUUGAGAGAUGACACGGACUUCAGAAGACAUAUUGUCAAUGUGGCUCUACAGAAAAUACAUCAGGUCCAGGAGAAGGGGGUGUGUGAUGGGGCAGAGGGUGGGGAUAAAACCAAGAUUCUCCAGUAUCUUAUCUGUCUGGCCAAGAUAUUCAUCACCCACUACACAGAAAAUCAGCGGCCCGAGGAGGAGGGGAAGAGAGACAGGAGUAAAUACAUCAGUGGCCAGUGUCUAGAGGGGCUGGUGGGGAUAAUGACCGUUAUAUCCCAGCGAUACACCGAACAGUUCUGUCACUGUCUCUGUGAAAUGGUGGACGCUGAUGAGUCAGAAGAUGUCCAGGAAGUUAUUUACAGUCAUAUUAAAAAGUACCAGCGACUGGUCAUGAACAUUUUGAAAUCUGACAGUGAAGAUAAGAACAUGAAGGAGGUCCAGUUAUUGCUGGGAAUUAUACAGAUUCUGUGUAAAAAGCUGUACAGCUCGGGGAACCAGUUUGAGAAAGUCUUGGACUGGGUUCACAAAAUCUGUACGGAGCAGAGUAUUGAUGACAUCCCUACCUGUAAACUCCUAUUCUCCAUGCUGUUGGCCAUCACCCAGCAGGUGAAGAGUUGUCCGCCCUUGUUACGCGACCUUUCACAGGAUGUACACAGUCAGCUGGGGGAUAUAGACCAGGAGACCCAGGUGGAGGACAAGACUCACUUUUCCUUGGUGACACACAGAACCGCGGCCCCGGUCCUGCUGAAUUUAGUUUUACAGCAGGUAGAGAGGGAACUGGACGAUACAGAGUGGGUGGUGGCCAGACUCCGGGCGGAGACUGGACAGGCCAACGAUGAAGCAGAGGUAGACCUGACCCAGAAGGAAGGCCAUGAGAGAAGUAUCUGUACCAGACUAGGUAUACUGGUCACCGCGUUCCAUGAGCUUGUCCAGGCCGCGGUACCUGUGGGGGGAUGUAUGGAGAACAUGGUCAAACAGGCCACCAGGCUGUACGGGACCCUAACCAUCCUGGUCAAAUAUUAUCUGAAUCUCUAUCAGCUAAAGGCUGGCCAUUUGUCAUCCAGGUUUGAGAAGCUCAUCAAAUUGAUUGGAACCCACUUAACACAGUAUUGCUACGCAAUGAUCACAUAUAUACAGCAAACAGAAAGUGAGCAGGUUCAGCAGAAUGUGGACAAAGGGAAAAAGGACAAGAAGAAGCAGGCUGCGGCUCUUAAUGCUGGAAAGGCACGGGUGCUGAAGGAAUCCAGACUCAUUCCAAACCUCAUUUUCUCCAUUGAAACAUUUGAAAAGUUCCUGAUUCAGCUGUCCAAAAAGUCCAAGGUGAACCUGAUGGAGCACAUGAAGAUGAGCACGUCUCGAGAUUUCCGAAUCAAUGUGGCCACGAUUCAGGCCGUGAUGGAGAACGACUCGGACUCACAGGAAUCAUCAGAGGAGGAGGAGGAGGAAGAGGAAAACAAUCAAAAUGAGGAGGAUCAGGAAAAUGAAGAGAACAGUUCUGAACAGCAAGAAAACACCGCUCCAACCAACAAACGCCCCCCAGAGCCCCUUGAUCCACCACCUGCAAAGAAAUCCAAACUCGGAAAAAAGUCUAGAGCUGGCAAAGUGUAAAACUUCUUAUCUUUUUUAGCAGACUUUGUUAAUCCUCUGAUUUGUUAAGGCUUAUUUGUUAGGUAGAUAUGUGCCAAAUAUUUUAGACUUAUGUAUCUGUAUAAACAUUUACAAUUAAAUACUUGUAAAUGAA